CGAGCGGUCUCGCUGUUAUGUCGGUGUACACGAUGUACACAGUGUGCAAACAUAAGACAACCAUUUAAUUGAGUAUUGCAACGAUACUAAAAAGCGUUGGUGAAUAUUGAUUAAACGAUAACAAUCUCCACAAUUGAGUCUUUCAUUCAUCAUAAUUCAAGUUUUAAAUCAAUGCAAAAAUAGUUCUGCAACGUCGUAGUCAAAGUUUUGAAAUUCACCUAACCUCAACAUUUUCAUAGCAAGUGUCAAACCACGUUUUUUCCUCUUUCUACUGAUCCGUGAACCAAAUUUGCUGUGAUUCCACGAUUAUAGGAAGGAAUAGUGUGAACUUUUUUGUGUCUGUUUUUUGACGAAGGAAUCUUUCAAUAAAUAUACAAGAUCGGUCGUAAAUGGACGGUGGUGAUGGUUUGCUAUUCGCGGGCGAUGCAAAUCGAGACAUUCGUGCGGGUAUUUAGCGAACGUUACGCUCUGUGGAAACAAAACAAAGUGAAAUAGUGUUCCUCGAAGUUUGAUUCUAUUUUUUUUUCCCCUAUUGUUUUUAGAGUGACAAGUGCCUUUGUUGUUUUUUUGAGCCUGGUGAACAGAUUUCAGUAUCGAAAUCCAGAAGUUAUAAUAUUGGAGUAAGAAAAUGAGGCUCAUCGGUAACGAAAAACUUGCAGAGCUUCAGCGAGAUGCAAAGAAUGUAAGGAAUAUCUGUAUUUUGGCACACGUCGAUCAUGGGAAAACCACCCUGGCGGAUUCUCUGGUCGCGAGCAAUGGAAUAAUAUCGAGCAAGUUGGCAGGCAAGUUGAGGUACCUGGACAGUCGUCCAGAUGAGCAACAGAGAGGUAUAACGAUGAAAUCGAGUGGUAUCGCAUUGGGUCAUCGCUAUGAAGAAAGAGAAUUUCUCAUAAAUCUCAUAGAUUCGCCAGGCCACGUGGAUUUUGCUUCUGAAGUAUCAGCAGCUGUGAGACUCUGUGACGGAGCAAUUGUGGUGGUGGAUGUUGUGGAAGGAGUUUGUCCACAGACCAGAAGCAGUUUGUCCAUGGCUUAUACGGAAGGUUUGAAGCCCGUUUUAGUCUUGAACAAGUUGGAUCGAUUGAUAACGGAGAUGCAACUUUCGCCGUUGGAUGCUUAUGUGUAUUUAACUCAAAUUCUUGAGCAGGUAAACGCAGUGAUGGGGGAAUUAUUCGCCAGUGAUUUGAUGGAGCGUGAAGAUAAGGAAGAGUUGAAAAAUCAUGGAACGGAGAACUCUGCGAUUGGAGAUGAUUGGCAAUCUGCACUGGAAGAGGUGGAUGAUUCGAAUCUUUAUUUUUCACCAGAGCAGGGAAAUGUGUUAUUUGCUAGCGCGGUGGACGGUUGGGCUUUUGGUGUUGGAGAAUUCGCCAGAAUCUUUGCUAAAAAAAUGGGUUUUAGCGAACGUGUAUUGCUCAAAACACUCUGGGGCGAUUAUUACCUGAACUUGCGUGCUAAAAAGAUAAUGAAGGGUGCAACGGAGAAAGCAAAAAAGCCUCUUUUUGUUUCACUCAUUUUAGAGAAUCUGUGGGCCGUUUAUGAUACUAUAUUGGUGCACAAGGACCGGGAUAAGAUCAUUGGGAUGACGGAGAAAAUGAAUAUACAAUUGACAACAAGAGAUUUGAGAUUGACCGAUGCAAAGGCUCAAUUGAAAGCAAUUUGUUCGCAAUGGUUACCACUGGCUGAGGCAUGCCUCAAUGUUGUUUGUGAAAAGAUUCCAUCACCGAUGGCACUCAACGAAGAAAAGAUUGAGAGGCUGAUGAGCGGCAACACCGAUUUUUCUAGUUUCCCUCCUGAAACGAAAGAGCUCAAAGCAGCUUUUUUAGCAUGCGAUCCUUCUGAAGAAGUGCCUACAAUAGCUUUUGUCUCCAAGCUGUUUAGCGUUGAGAAAAAAAGCCUUCCGGAGAAUCGAACAAAACCGCUGACUCAAGAGGAGUUGGAGGAGCGAAGGGAGAGAGCCCGUUUGAGGCAUGCAAAAAAACUGUCCAUGGAACCUGCGGAAGAAGGAGGACCCCAUGGAUCACAGGGGAACGAAGCAAAAAGUAUGGAGAGCGAAAUAAAAGAAGAAGAGCCAAAAGAGAUGGACGAAAUAGAAGAAAACGUGUUGGUUGCUUUCGCCAGAGUUUAUUCAGGCACUGUCCGACAGGGUCAAGAUCUUUUUGUCCUUGGACCUAAACACGAUCCUAGAAUAGUCUUAGAAAAACAAAAAAAUGGGGAAUUGCCUGAACCGCCUAGUUCUCUCCGCGACCUUGCUCCGGGCUGUCACAUAACCAGAGUAAAAAUAUCGAAGCUCUACAUCCUGAUGGGUCGUGAAUUAGAGACGAUCGACAGUGUUCCAGCUGGAAACGUUUUUGGUAUAGGAGGUUUGCAAGAUCACGUGUUAAAGACAGCGACCAUUUCGAGUUGUCUCGCUUGCCCAGCUUUUUCAGAGCUCACUGCCCUCGUCGUUCCUAUUCUUCGAGUUGCUCUCGAACCCAAACACUCAGGCGAUCUACAGAAAUUGAUCGCUGGUCUUAAGCUUCUGAAUCAAGCGGAUGCUUGUGCCGUGAUGCACAUUCAGGAAACCGGGGAGGUCGUUCUCAAUACAGCUGGUGAAGUACAUCUCGAAAGAUGCCUCGAAGAUUUGAAGCUCCAUUACGCCAAGGUGGACAUCAAUGUCUCCGAGCCCAUCGUCUCGUUUCGAGAAACCGUCGUUCCACCAUCCAAAGUCGACAUGACCAACGAAGCGAUUGAGAAAAAGACUGAGGAAUCGAGCAUCGAAACUUGGACAGCUAAUCGUCAAUGUUGCUUCGAAAUAGACGCGAAACCUCUGCCUGAAAAGGUCACUAAAUUACUCGAGGCCAGUUCCAAUCUCAUAAAACAAUUGGAUCUUCAUUGGGAACGUUGCGGUAGUCGAGAAAUGAAAAAUUUCGAGAAAAACAAUGAGCAUCGAGCUGAGACCAGCGAAUCGGGGCCAGAGGACGAUUCUAUGACUGAUAAAACACGAAAAUCCGUCUGUCAUUUUAGAAACGAAAUGAAAGAAGCCUUCAAAGAGGCUGACUGGCCCGAUGUCGUCGACAAAAUUUGGUCCUUCGGACCAAGAAAAUGCGGCUCCAAUAUUCUCGUCAAUAAUACCGAUUAUCAACGCAAUUCCGUCUGGGAACGACCCUACAAAUCCAAUGAUCCACGAGCCGUUUAUGAUAGCAGCAUCAUCAAUGGAUUUCAAUUAGCCACUCUCGCUGGACCACUCUGCGAAGAGCCUAUGAUGGGAGUCUGCUUCAUUCUCAAUCGCUGGCAAAUCUUUGAAUCUAAUUCUGACAAUCCUGUGCAAAGCCAUGCCACCCAUUUAGGUGGACAACUUAUGUCUGCGUGCAAAGAAGCUUGCAGGAAAGCUCUUAAUCAGCGCAGGCCUCGACUCGUAACUCCCAUGUACUCGUGCAGCGUUCUUGUCAACUCGGACGUUCUCGGCAAAUUAUACGCGGUAUUCGGGAGAAGACAAGGUCGGGUAAUAGCUGCUGAGAGUGCAUUGGGUUUCGGUGGUCACUUCCGAGUAUUGGCGACACUUCCUGUACCUGAGAGUUUCCAGCUAGCCCGAGAACUGCGAACGCAAACUUCCGGUCUUGCCACUCCGCAGCUCGUGUUCAGUCAUUGGGAGGUCAUCGAGCAAGAUCCUUACUGGGUACCGUCGACGGAAGAGGAAUAUCUUCACUUUGGUGAAAAAGCAGAUAGCGAAAAUCGCGCCAAGAAAUACAUGGACGCGGUUCGUCGUCGUAAGGGACUUCCGGUUGACUCGCAGCUCGUAACUCACGCUGAAAAGCAGCGAACUCUUUCCAAGAAUAAAUGAUUAUAUAAAUUAUUUUUUAUUAACUCUAUAUUAUAUUGUACGGAUUUGUUAUUACGUAAUUACGAAAAAAAAAAAAAAAUAGAAAAAAAUACGAGCGCUGUUACUAUCUUAACGUUUUUACUAUUGUGAAGAAGGAAACCUUUUUCUUUUCGUCGUCUUUGCUAAUCCUUCAAAUCCUACUUCCUGCUUUUUUUUUUUUAUCGUAACCGGAAAUUCUCAACAGUCGUUUUCAAGCGAAAUUCAAUUUACUUUUCGAUUUUUAUUUUCUUUUUUCUCCAGUUGUCGAGUCUACAGUUUUCUUUUUUCUAUAUUCUGAAAUAUAUUCUUAGAAAUUUUUUCAACGAUUUGCGUCGUAGAUUUAAUUGAUCAACGCAUUGACUUUUCAAUCAAUGAACGGAAAUUGUCAGUGAACGUUUAUUCAACAGAAAAUAAUUGAGCCACAAAUCGUGAUGAAAUUUAAGGAAGUUGAGGCCGUACAGUCAUUUUUUUUACCCAAAAGUUAUGACCUGUACCUUUCAAAAGUUAGACCAGUUUACAGUUUG